UUAGGGGACGGUGUACCGUGGUUCGGCGCGGGCGCGCCACUGUUACGGGUGUGACCACGGGCCGAUGGCGGACCGCGGGACCAGCGCGCGGCCAGUGCGAGCAUGACCCCGGCGGCGCUGCUGCUGCUGCUGUGCGCGGCGCUGGGCUGGGAGCCCGCCGCGGCCAGCCAGGUGUACCGCGAGUGUCCGGACAAACCCGUGCUCCAGCACUUCGACCCUCUGCGGUUCCAGGGCCCGUGGUACGAGCUGCGGCGACAGCCCAACCUGUUCGAGCCCAACUCCGUGUGCGUCACGGGCAACGUGUCGGUGGCUGCCGACGGCACGAUCGCCAUCGUCAACAAGUGGCGCGACAUCGCAAACUCUAAAAACAUCGUGCUUGAUGGAGUGAUUCGUAGAGAGAGAAACACUUCAGAGGACGGCAAGAUGACCGUCAACUUUUCUUAUAACGGAUUGGACACGCCGUACUGGGUGCUGGGCACGGACUACGUGGAGUACGCCGUGGUGUGGUCGUGCAUGUUGACAGGCACGCACGAGUACACUGGCUACGCGUGGGUGCUGGGUCGCAGCAAGGAGCUGGGAGACGCCGCGCGCGACGCCGUGCACGAAAUAGAGCAGCGCGCCGAAGUGGACACGAGCCUGUACGAAGACACCCGACACGAGGACUGCCCCGCCCUGGCCUCGUGACCACGCUCUGCUACCAUGGGGGAUCCAGGCGGGGGCUGAGGGGAGCGGAGGGAAGCCCACCAUUUACAAAACACUUUCCGGCACGCUCGAAUGUUUACCUCCUUGUAACUUGAAGUCCCCCGAACAGUUUCGAAGUUUAACGAAGUUCACAGCUCGCUGGUGCAACUUCGGUAACACCUAUUAUAUAUGUUUAUAAGGCCAAUUAGUGGACUUGAUUACAUUAUGUUGCCUAUAUUCAAAUGUUUAAUUUCCAACAUCAAUAUUUUAAUGUAACUAACCUAAAAUAGUCAACCAUCCACUCUUUUAAAGUAUUUUUAAUGCAGCUAACCGGCUACCAUUCUCACGGUACCAAGAAUUGGUAAUUGUUACACCUAAACUAACCACUCGUUGAAAUUGUUAACUACUAGCGUUUUGAAUUUUUUUAUUUUUUAUUUCUGGAAAAAAAAUGCUUUUCUUAAGAAUUACCCAGUAAAAGUUCUGAUUUUAAGGUCCCUGUCAUUAUUCUAGCAAGCUGUUUGCAAGCAAGGUAAGGAAUAAAAAGAAAUCCCAAGUUUCAGGUGUGCCGAAAAGACUUUGUGAAAUAUAUGUUAUCCUGGAGUGGAGACAAUGUAAAGACAGAGGAAGAGACAAAGCAACGGAAUAUACUCUCCAAUAUGGAA